UUUGUAAAAAUACAAAAUAAUAUAAUAUUUCAUAAUUGUAUGAGCUAUUCCUAUAAAUAUGUAACAUAUAUUUAUGAAUCCUAUCUAAUAAUUUAUACUCUCAUUUAAUUCACCUCACAUAGCUAGGCUUGUUGGUUUAGCUUCAUUUAUUAAAAAAUGUCUCUGGUAUUUGGCAUGGAGUUCCUUAUGGUUGUGAGUAUAGUAGUUUCACUAUCAUACGCCCUAGCAUAUCUCCUUAACCAUCUUCUCCGACGACGAGACCAAUGUUGCUACAUGCUUGCCUACGAGUGUUACAAGCCCCCUGAGGAAACCAAACUCAGCACCGAUUCAUGUGCUCAAAUCGUCUUCCGAAACAAGAACCUGGGCGUCGAUGAGUACCGGUUCCUUCUCAAAACCAUGGUCAGUUCCGGCAUCGGAGAAGAAACCUACUGCCCAAAAAACGUAAUGGAAGGAAGAGAAGAGACUCCGACUCUUGCCGACGCCUUGGCCGAGAUGGACGAAGUCAUAUUCACCACACUCGACAACCUCUUCGCCAAAACGAAGUCGUUUAUUACUUCCCCAAGCGAGAUCGAUAUCCUCGUGGUCAACGUCUCGCUUCUCUCCGUGGCUCCUUCGUUGACUUCAAGAAUAGUCAACCGUUACAAGAUGAGAGAAAACGUCAUGUCGUUUAACCUCUCAGGGAUGGGUUGUAGCGCAAGCAUCGUCGCUAUAGAUCUUGUUCAACACUUGUUCAAGAAUCACAAGAAGGUUAACGCAAUCGUCAUUUCUACGGAGUCUUUUGGGCCUAAUUGGUAUUGUGGAAAAGAAAAAUCAAUGAUGCUUUCCAACUGUUUGUUCAGAUCAGGUGGUUGUUCUAUGCUCUUUACAAACAACCGUUGUCUUAAGCAAAGAGCCAUUUUACAGCUCAAACACCUCGUCAGAACCCAUCUUGGUGCCGAUGACGAGGCUUACCAGUGUUGUAUUCAGUUAGAAGAUGAUAAAGGGUACCAAGGUUUUCGACUCACUAAGAAACUCACCAAGGCUGCUUCCAAGGCUUUGAAGCUCAACCUCAAAGUUUUGGUGCCUAAGAUAUUACCCAUGAGAGAAUUACUUCGGUUUUUCAUAUCUAACAAUCUUAGAAACAAGAAACGUCACAACAAAACUUCAUUCGGUUUGAACUUUAAGACAGGAGCUGAACACUUUUGUAUUCACCCUGGAGGAAGGGCUGUGAUCGAUGGUGUUGGAAUGAGUCUAGGGUUGAGCGAGGAAGACCUUGAGCCGUCUCGAAUGGCGCUUCACCGGUUCGGAAACACAUCGGCGGGUGGGUUUUGGUACGUGUUGGGUUACAUGGAAGCUAAGAAGAGGUUAAAGAGAGGAGAUAGGAUUUUGAUGAUGAGUUUUGGAGCUGGUUUUAAGUGUAAUAAUUGUUUGUGGGAGGUGAUGAAGAACUUGGAUGAUGUCAAUGUGUGGAAAGACUGUAUUGACCAAUACCCUCCUAAGUCUUUGGUCAAUCCUUUCAUGGAGAAGUAUAGUUGGAUCAACGAUGAUUAUCUUGGCUUUGUUCGAUUUCAGCGUUAACAAAGUCUUAUAAUUGUCUCUUAAUAAUUAUUAUAAUCUCUCUCUCUACACUACUAGUGGUCCUAAUUAAUAAGAUACGCGCCGAGCGGCCAAAGCCAAUAUAUAUAGGAGUGUACUAUAGUUCCUUUACAGGUUCACUCUUAUAGUUAUAAGGUUAUAAUAAGUGUCAUUUUCUUUUAAUUCUAUAUCGUUUGAUUAUUAUAUAAGAUCUUCCCUCCUCUCAUAUAUAGAUAUGUAUAAUUAAUAAACAAUUUAAUAUAUAUGUUAUGAAUCAUUAAUCAUCCUUUGAUGAUAUAAUAAUUGAUGCUAUAUAUAUUUAUUAUACUA